GGUUGUCUUCAAAGCUCACGCUUUCUUUUUCUACCCUAAAGUCUUCUCCUCCCAGGUGAUGGAAACACUAUAAGGUCACCAAAAGUGGCUCCAGAUGUAGCCGCAUCUCUCACAAUGACCAAGGAGCUGGAGUUAGUAAUGACUUCACACCCUCUAUCUCAUAUCAGGCAGGAAUUCAUUAAAGAAGACACAUCUGGACUGGGUGCCCCGGCGUCGGACGGAGGCGAAUCUCGCGCGGGACUCGGCGGCGCUGUCAUGCUGCCCAAAGUGGAGACGGAAUCUCUGGGACUCGCUCGGUCGCAUGGGGAUCGGGGACACAUGGCAGGCAGCAUGCAAGCCCCUCAGUUUAAAAUGAUGGACUACUCCUAUGAUGAAGAUCUGGAUGAGAUGUGUCCUGUCUGCGGGGACAAGGUUUCUGGGUACCACUAUGGACUGUUGACCUGUGAGAGCUGCAAGGGCUUCUUCAAGCGCACCGUGCAGAACAACAAGAGGUACACGUGCAUAGAGAACCAGAGCUGUCAGAUUGACAAAACGCAGAGGAAGCGCUGUCCCUACUGUCGCUUUCAGAAGUGUCUCACCGUGGGCAUGAAGCUGGAAGCUGUGAGAGCGGACCGCAUGCGAGGAGGCCGCAACAAGUUCGGGCCCAUGUAUAAGCGCGACAGGGCCCUGAAGCAGCAGAAGAAGGCCCUGAUCAGGGCGAACGGACUCAAAAUCGAAGCCAUGUCUCAGGUGAUGCAGACUGUGCCCACGGACCUGACGAUAUCCUCGGCCAUGCAGAACAUCCACUCUGCCUCCAAGGGCCUACCUCUAAGCCACGCUGCCUUGCCCCCCACAGACUACGACCGCAGCCCCUUCGUUACCUCCCCCAUUAGCAUGACCAUGCCCCAUCACGGGGGCCUGCAGGGCUACCAGGCGUACAGCCACUUCCAGAGCCGCACCAUCAAGUCCGAGUACCCGGACCCUUACGGCAGCUCUCCGGAGUCGCUCAUGGGCUACCCUUACGUGGACUCGUACCAGAGCGGCUCGCCUUCCAGCUUCCCCCACCUCAUCGUGGAGCUGCUCAAGUGCGAGCCCGACGAGCCCCAAGUGCAGGCCAAGAUCCUCGCCUACCUACAGCAGGAGCAGGCGAGCCGGGGAAAGCACGAGAAGCUCAACACCUUUGGCCUCAUGUGCAAGAUGGCUGACCAGACGCUGUUUUCCAUCGUCGAGUGGGCGAGGAGCAGCAUAUUCUUCAGAGAGCUUAAGGUUGACGACCAAAUGAAGCUCCUCCAGAACUGCUGGAGCGAACUCCUGAUCCUAGACCACAUUUUCCGACAAGUGGUCCACGCGAAAGAUGGCUCCAUCCUCCUGGUUACUGGUCAACAGGUGGACUACGCAGUGAUCGCCUCCCAGGCUGGAGCCACACUCAGCAACCUCAUGGGUCACGCGCAGGACCUGGUGGCGAAGCUGCGGUCUCUGCAGUUCGAUCAGCGGGAGUUUGUCUGCCUCAAGUUCCUGGUGCUCUUCAGUCUGGACGUGAAGAACCUGGAGAACUUCCACCUGGUGGAGAGCGUCCAGGAGCAGGUGAACGCAGCGCUGCUGGACUACACCAUGUGCAACUACCCCCAGCAGACGGACAAGUUCGGACAGCUGCUGCUGCGGCUGCCGGAGAUCCGCGCCAUCAGCAUGCAGGCCGAGGAGUACCUGUACUACAAGCACCUGAACGGAGACGUGCCGUGCAACAACCUGCUCAUCGAGAUGCUGCACGCCAAGCGCGCCUGAGCGCCACGUCUGGCCGCCGGUCCCGCCGCGCCCCCCCCCGCUCCCAUCAGCACGGCCCUGACCCGCGGCCUGUGCCCCACCCCCCUAUU